GGCGGUAAUAGUGUUUGGAGAUUCAAUUGUCGAUGCCGGAAAUAACGACGACAUGAUAACAGAAGCUAGAUGCGAUUAUGCUCCCUACGGCAUUGAUUUUGACGGUGGAGUUGCUACCGGAAGAUUCUCCAAUGGCAAAGUCCCCGGUGAUAUUGUAGCGGAAGAGCUAGGGAUUAAAUCCAAUAUACCGGCAUACCGAGAUCCGAAUUUAAAACCAGAAGAUCUCUUAACCGGUGUAACAUUUGCUUCUGGUGGUGCUGGUUAUGUUCCUUUGACGACCAAAAUCGCGGGAGGAAUACCUUUACCACAACAAUUGAAAUAUUUUGAAGAAUAUAUAAAGAAAUUGAAGGGAAUGGUUGGAGAAGAAAGGACAAAGUUCAUAAUCAAGAAUAGCUUGUUCGUUGUUAUAUGUGGUAGUAACGAUAUCGUCAACAACUUCUUUGCUCUCCCUCCGGUUCAGCUCCACUACACCGUCGCUUCUUUCACCGCUCUUAUGGCCGACAACGCUCGCUCUUUUGCUCAGACGCUCUAUGGAUAUGGAGCAAGAAGAAUACUUGUAUUUGGUGCACCACCAAUAGGAUGUGUUCCUUCGCAGAGAACCGUAGCAGGAGGACCUACAAGAGAUUGUGUUGCUAGGUUUAAUGAUGCAUCAAAACUUUUCAAUACUAAACUCUCUGCAAAUAUUGAUGUCUUGUCAAGGACUCUACGAGACCCAACAAUAAUCUAUAUUGAUAUCUAUAGUCCUCUUCUUGAUCUCAUUUUAAACCCUCAUCAAUAUGGAUUUAAGGUGGCCAAUAAAGGAUGUUGCGGAACCGGAUUAAUAGAAGUUACUGCGCUAUGCAACAACUAUACAGCUUCUACAACCACGAACGCUUUGGUGAAGCUUCCGCCAAACGAAACGAUUCCGGCGAUAAUAGUGUUCGGAGAUUCGAUCGUUGAUGCCGGAAAUAAUGACGACAUUAUGACAACGUUGGCUAGAUGCAAUUAUCCUCCUUACGGCAUCGAUUUUGACGGUGGAAUUCCUACCGGAAGAUUUUCCAACGGCAAAGUUGCGACUGAUUUUAUAGCGGAAAAAUUCGGAAUUAAACCAACUAUACCGGCAUACCAAAAUCCAAAUUUGAAACCAGACGAUCUCUUAACCGGUGUAACAUUUGCGUCUGGCGGUGCUGGUUACGUUCCCUUCACGACCCAAUUAUCGGGAGGAAUAGCUUUAUCGCAGCAAUUGGAAUUAUUCGAACAGUAUAUAGAGAAGUUGAAGGAAAUGGUUGGGGAAGAAAGGACAACGUUCAUAAUUAAAAACAGUUUGUUCAUGGUUAUAUGUGGCAGUAAUGAUAUAACCAACACCUACUUUGGUCUUCCUUCUGUUCAACACCAAUACGAUGUCGCUUCCUUUACUACUCUUAUGGCCGACAAUGCUCGAUCUUUUGCUCAAAAAUUAUAUGAAUAUGGAGCGAGAAGAAUCCAAGUAUUCGGUGCACCACCAGUCGGAUGUGUCCCAUCACAGAGAACCUUAGCAGGGGGACCAACGAGAAAUUGUGUUGUUAGGUUCAAUGAUGCAACAAAGCUCUACAAUGCUAAGCUCGCUGCAAAUUUGGAUUCUUUGUCAAGAACUUUAGGAGAGAAGACAAUAAUCUACGUUGAUAUAUAUGAUUCUCUUUUUGAUAUCAUUCUAGACCCUCAACAAUAUGGAUUUAAGGUGGUUGAUAGAGGAUGUUGUGGAACCGGACUAAUUGAAGUUACUGUAUUAUGCAACAACUUUGCAGCUGAUGUAUGUCCAAAUAGAGAUGAAUAUGUGUUUUGGGAUAGUUUCCAUCCGACUGAGAAGACUUACAAAAUUAUGGCCACGAAAUAUUAUGAGAGAUAUGUAUGAUCUCGACAAAAAAUGUAAGUCAUAGCUUGAUUUAUCAUGUCUUUUGAUGUAUACUAUCUUAUAUAUUAGACGUGAUAUCGAAAUGUUCGUCCAAAAGAAUAUAUGGUUAUGUAUUUU